CCUGGGUGAACAAAAAAAAAACAACAACAUCUCGGUGGUCGUGUGUUCCUGGUUUUGUUUGUCCUCCUGCACACUCGUCCAUCAUGGCUUGGACUAAAUACCAGCUGUUCCUUGCGGGACUUAUGCUUACAACUGGAUCCCUCAACACAUUAUCGGCGAAAUGGGCUGACAUGUUCUCAGCGAAGGGCUGCAAAGACGACCCUGAACAUAAAUUCUCUCAUCCAUUUGUGCAGGCGGUGGGGAUGUUUCUGGGUGAGUUGAGUUGUCUUGCCGUUUUCUACCUUUUACUUUGCCAUGACAGACGUAGACCCGAGCCAAAGAUGAACCCGGGCCAGAGCUUCAACCCUCUGCUCUUCUUCCCACCUGCCAUGUGUGACAUGACGGCCACCUCCAUUAUGUAUGUUGCUCUUAACAUGACGAGCGCCUCGAGCUUCCAAAUGCUGCGAGGAGCUGUCAUCAUUUUCACUGGUCUGCUCUCGGUGGCGUUCCUCGGGCGGCGUUUGAUGCCCAGUCAGUGGCUCGGCAUCUUCAUCACCAUCGUGGGUCUGCUGAUCGUCGGUCUCGCCGACUUUUUCAGCGGGAACAGAAGCUCAGAGCACAAACUCAGUGAUGUCAUCACGGGAGACCUUCUGAUCAUCAUGGCUCAGGUCAUUGUCUCAGUGCAGAUGGUCCUGGAGGAGAAGUUUGUCUACAAACACGACGUCCAUCCUCUGAAGGCUGUUGGGACUGAAGGUUUCUUCGGGUUCGUUGUGCUGUCUCUUCUCCUCAUCCCCAUGUAUUUCAUCCAUGUGGGCGGGUUCAGCGACAACCCUCGGCAGGUCCUGGAGGACGCUCUGGACGCCUUCUGUCAGAUCGGCCACCAGCCUCUCAUCCUGCUGGCUCUGCUGGGAAACACGGUCAGCAUCGCUUUCUUCAACUUCGCCGGCAUCAGCGUCACCAAAGAGAUCAGCGCCACCACCCGCAUGGUGCUGGACAGCCUGCGCACGCUCGUCAUCUGGGCGGUGAGCCUGGCGCUGGGCUGGGAAGUGUUUCACGGCCUGCAGGUGCUCGGCUUCCUGGUGCUGCUGAUUGGAGCCGGGCUCUACAAUGGACUGCACCGCCCCCUCCUGGAGAGGAUACCGUGCUGCGCCGGUUUAGUGAGCACAGAGGAGGAGAUCAGCCCAGGAGAGAGGGAGAGGCUGCUGGAUGCUGGCAGGGUGCAGGUCGCCGAUGACAGUUAAAACUCAUUGAAGCACUGAUCAUGAUCAUAUGCUGUUUUUUUAAAUUGUUUUUAUUUUCUUACCUUAGAUUUUAACUGACCUGACACAAUCCUUUUUUUAAUAUGUGGACAUGCACAAGCUCUCUUAAAGGAAUAGUAUAAUACAAUACAAUAAAGUAUUGUGUUAAAGGCA